AAUACAGUUUUUAGUGUUCACUAGGGUUAGAUUCUAUGCUAAAUUUCGACCUCAAAACAAUUUUGUAGCUUAAUAUAUGUGUACUAUGUCAAUCAGGUUAUUAAAUUUAAUAAAUUCAUUUGCAUAUUAGAUUAUCGAGUUAGAUUAUAUCGAUUAGGUUAUCGAUACGCCCUUGAUGUCCGCUGCUGGCCAAUACCUUAUUCUCUGUUCUAGUGCAGUGUGACAAAUAUUUGAAUUUCAACGCCCAAAUGGCUUAGUAUUCUAACCAGGCACGGGAAGGUUGUUUCAUCACUAGUAUCUUGAAACAAAAGCAAACGUAUAAAACGAAUUGAAUUUUACUAAAGGGCAUCAGACGUCAGAAUUCUGUUCCACUAUUAACUUUAGCUCCCAUAAAUUAAAACAUAAACAAAAUGUUUAAGCUGUUUAUCUUCACCUGUGUCCUUGCCUUCGCUGCAGCCAAGCCAGGUUAUUUGGUCAGUGACGUCGCACCGGUAGCCGCUGCCUAUACCGCUCCUAUAGCUGCGGCAUACACUGCUCCUCUUGCCUAUUCAGCCUAUUCCGCGUAUACUGCACCAGUAGCUGCCUACUCAGCCUACCCGUACGCCUCGCCCUACGCAGCUUACUACCUCCGUCGUUAAUAUUAAACAAAAAGCCGAAAAUCAUGUUAAUCUUGUAAAUCUUAUGAACAUUAAACACAUGCGUAUCAAAAUAUUCGCUAAUCUCUAAAGAA